UUUCGUUUUCAUUAUUCUCGAAGAAAGUGCAGUGCAGCGCAACAACUGUUCGGAAAAAGUGCAAAUUUUCAUCUCAAGCUCAAGUGAAAGGACAUUUUCGAUAUCGCAUCAGCUCGUCGACAGCGGCCCCCGAACGGAACGAUGAUUCCGCCAAGCCUGAACCUGGAGGUGGGCGUCCGAAUCCGCAUCGGACAACAUUACGGAACGAUUCGCUACAUCGGUGAGGUGGCCAACACCGAGGGCGAAUGGGUCGGCGUCGAGUGGGACAAUCCCCAGCGGGGAAAACAUUCCGGAACCGUCAACGGGGUGGAAUACUUCCAAACAAGAGCUGAAAACUCAGGGUCAAUGAUCCGUCCGGAGAAGAUUCCCUCGUUCUGGACGCUGGUGGAGGCGAUCCAUGACAAGUACAUUGUGACGGAGGAUACGCUCCGCUUGGACGCGGAAAUGAUGAUGGAAGUGCAGAAGCAACUGCAUGCGUCGUUGUUCGAGGUCGUCGGAAUGGAGAAAAUUGGUGGCAAGCAGAGCAAUCUGAGCCAUCUGGUGGACGUUUCGGUGGCUUAUUCUCCGGUGAAUUCAGCCGGAGAUUUGUCCAGCUUCAAAAGUCUACGCUCCCUGGAUGUUUCCGCGACGUUGAUCUGGAACUGGCAAAUUGUGGGACACAUAACGGCCCAGAUUCCGACCCUGGAGGAGAUCAAUUUAUCGAACAACCGCUUGGUCCGUCCAACGGACGAGGACAUAUGUUCGCUCGUUACAAAAUUCCACAAUCUAAAGAAGCUGAUAUUGAAGAAGUGUGCGCUCGGUUCGUGGCCGGAGCUGGUUCGGCUGGCCCGAAUGUGGCCUCUACUGGAGAACCUGUCCCUGGAAGAUAACGACAUAAGCCUGAUAACCGAGGAAAGCUACGAGUUUGCACUGACACAGUUGACCAGUUUGGAUCUUCAGAAUAAUCACAUAAACAGCCGGGAAUCGAUACAUGCUUUGGGGCUUCUUCCAGCGCUUCAGGAGCUGUCUCUGAACGCGAAUGGAAUCGAAGAGAUCGCUUUCCCGGACUGUCGUCACACGGAAAAAAUCACGCUAUUCCCAAAGCUUCAAGUGUUGUACCUGCGGGAGAAUCCCAUCGCGAACCAGUGCGCUGCAUUUAACGAACUGGACAAACUGGCCACGUUGGAACACCUCACUAUCGAUCCGGAUCCACGGGUUAGCUAUGAGGAAACGGUUGCCCGGGCGGUGGGUUCCAUUGCUGGGCUGAAAAUGUUUAAUCGAUCUUCGAUUACGGAAAAGUUACGACGCGAUUCGGAGUGUGACAUGUGGAAGAUGUUUGCCGUUCCGUGGGCCCAGGUCCGAAACGAUGCCCAGCAGUUGAAGGCGUUCUUCAAGGCACACCGGAUGUACCCGCGCGUGAUGGAACGACUGGGCAGCCCGGAGCAGUUCCUCCCGGACAAUCGGAUCGUUUCCAACAUGUUGAAUCUGUACCUGCUGAACGAACGUACGGGCGAAACGCGCCAAAAGAAGGUCCCCAAGCGGAUCAAUCUGCAAACGUUGGAGAAUCUCAUAAUGAAACUGUUUGGCCCUUCGGCGGAACACCCGAACCCGCUGCAGCUAUCGCUGCUGGACCGCAAACGGGACGUACGCAUUCCGCUGGACAACCACGGUAAGAGUUUGGAUUUCUAUUCGGUCGAGGAUCAGGACACGAUCGUUUUCUAAGGAUGUGAGUAUUGCGCGCAAACCCCAACAUUUUAUUCCCACCUUUGGGUUUCCGCGCCGAAGACCCAGCGCCAGAUUCGGCGACAAAGAAAACUGACAGCAGUCGCCGAACAGUUGGCAAUCCUGAUAUUUGACGGCGGCCGCCCGGUAGGCAUGUGAGUGGAUUGUUGUCACGCAAAUAGAUCUUUUCGCUGAAAAUGCAUGUGUAUUGAGUUAUUCUUGACAGAUUUUCUGCAGUGUUAGUGUGAAAUUCAGCGAUUUUCUGUAUCGCGUAAGCCUUCGCUGGAAGAAAACGUCAUGUUGUUCAGCGAAGUAAGGAAAAUUUUCAGUGAAAAAAGCAAUACCUAGCUUCUUUUGGCGUACGCUUUAGUUGGAAAUAAGCUAAAUUUGCAGUGCAAGUAACGCGAUUCGUACAAUUUUACGCUUCCUCGUCGCUAAAUGCCUAUCGUAGACGAAACACUUGGAAGGGAUUUUUUGAGAAUAUAACGGGGAGUAUUGUGAUUUGUCAUUGUGCGUAAAGAUUUACAGAAUUUUAUUUAGGCUGAUCCAUAUUUCAAAAAGCCUUUCCUUAAAUAUUUGUUGAAUGUCGUUUGUCUAUGGCUUGAUGCUGAUGCUGAUUCCAAUAAACUAAAAGCGCAGUCUGGUAUUUAUAUUAGUAAUUUAUUUGCACUGACAAGCACGUAACUUUUACAUUCGAAAUUUGACCGUCUAACUAGUUACAAAGAGAGACACAUAACUCACCAACAAAUAUAUCUAAAUUUGUUAUAAAAUUUUGAAAACAGGUUUUUCAAACAAACCAUGAAAUUUAGAAAAAUAAACAACACUAAAAUGUUUUGUUCCAAAUCAAAAA